AUGCCAAAGAAUGAGGCCUAUGGCUUGGGCGGAAGGAGUCUGGGUGGGACUACGCUUGAACCCGUGCCAAGGCUCCUGCAUAGUAUGCCAUAUAGGCAAAUCAGCAAUGACUUUAAGCAACGCUGUCUCUUCCUCCUUGAUCAUACAGAGAUUUAUGAUGACGUUUCAAGCAUCCCCGGCGUCUCAAAGUCAAGUUUGAAGCGAUGGAAGAAAAAUUAUGAAAAAUAUGGAUCCGUGUCCCCCCCUCGCUCAGUCCUCUCUGGAAAACCUCGCAAUCUUAAUGCUUGGGAUGUAGAGCAUCUUGACGAGCUCCUCACCAACAAUCCGGACCUCCUUCUCGAGGAAGUACAUGAGUGGCUGGCAUUGCUCAAGGACGCCCGCAUAUCCCAGUCUACCAUUUACAGAGCUAUCAAGGACCUUGGAUACUCUCAUAAGAAGCUCAAGCUGCGCGCAUAUGGUCGAGAUGAGGAGGAGAUUGCUGCCUGGAAAGCAGAUUUUGGGCGCCGCUCUCGCACAGACCAGAUCAUUGCAAUUGAUGGAUCAAUUAAAGAUGUUAGGACACUCUACAGAACAACAGGUGGCUCUGUAGAGGUCAGGAUGUGGUUCGACAGGUGGAUGCUCCCAGAGAGGACCGCUUCUCACUCCUUCCAGCAAUGA